UCUGAUUGGAUAGUUAGGUGGGACACAGGAAGAUGAAACAGCAAAAAUGUUCUAGAAUCACUCUUUCAUUUGGGUAGUGUAGCUACAUAAUUUCACAAAAAGCAAGUGAAAAAAACUGCUCGUUACCAGGUCGUGUAAAUUGUCUAAAAGCUAGUUAUAUAAAAUGCUUCUGCAAUGUAUUAAUAAGAGUGCCCAUAUCGUGGUCAUGGAAUUUAAAUGGCCCUUGUCUGGCUACUUUAGCUAGGUAACGUUAGCUGAAAAGCGGAGUCAAGGCGUUAUGCCAUAACAGACCUAGCCAGCUUGCAUCGUCGAAAGUAACUUAUUCCAUUCAUCUCUACUAGAUUUUGUCGGUUCAAUUGAUCUGUUAGGUUCGAGCCUUCAUCGACCAUGGCAUGGUUCAUAUGUGUCGUCAUACUUUUGCUCUGCUCAAAAAGUGAGCAAUGCACCACUGGAAAUGCCUCAAAACUCAUUGAACACACAGCUGACCAAUUUUUCGAGAAAAUGCAAUCAGGAAAGAUGUAUUUUAUAUACUUUGGAAAACAAGUCAAUCCAACCAUACGUCUCUUCAUUGAACAGCUGGAGAAGUCUGCAGAUGCUCUAGAAGAUUAUGGUAUUUCAGUUGCUAUGGUAAAUUGUACUAAUGAACACAUAGAAAAGUACUGCACUGGAGAGAAGCUGAUGAAAAAAGUUUAUUUGUUCAGGGGUGGCAAUGUCCUGAAGAGUUUCGACACAGACACCGUCUUCGACGUGAACGCCAUAGUGUCUCACGUUCUCUUCACUGUGCUUUUUGAUGAGGUGAGGUACGUCCAUACAAUUGCUGAGCUACAGUCAGUGGAGAGGGCAGCUAAAGGCAAGGCUGACAUUGUGCUAGGCCAUGUCCAGGUCUUGGGCUUACCAGAGCACCGAGCGUUGAUGGAGACAGCGUUUGUGUACGGAGUCAAGUACCAGUUUGUGCUGACCACAGGAGGCCCAGUGCUGACGAACAUGGGGGUGGAGGAUAUUUCAUCUCUGACAGCAGGUCUGUGGUUCCUGCACUGUAAGGGUGCGUCCCAGUCCCAGCACUCAGACCCCUGUCCACACACGGCCCUAAGGAGACCCCUCACCACCCUCCACAUCUACACUUUCCUCCAGCUGAUGGAAGCCCCACUGGUGAGUGAGGCCUCAGUGGAGCCCUCAGAGGUGAACAUGGUCCACAGCCACCUCCAGGUGCCCCUGCUCUUCCUCUUCUCUCAGCCCCACACGGUGGCCCUUGACCGGGUCACUGCCCAAACUCUAGCCUGGAGGCUGAGAGGCCAGGUGGGCCUGGUGCUCAUCCACAGGGAGAGUCCUGAUGUAAAAAUCCCACUGGAAUACAAUGCUGCUUACAGACUACCAGGAGAGGGUUCAGAGGUCAAGUACCUGAUUCUGAACAACCUAGAGGAGGUUAUCGACCUGUUCAGAGAUGAGAGCACUCCGGAGGAGGAGGAGGACGAUGAUAAUUGGGCUACUCUUGAUGUGCUUGAUGAUGAGGUGGCGGAGUCUGUGUACAGAGACAGGGGCCAGAGUCUGGACAUGGACGCUGUCACAGAACUCACUGCUGACAUUUUCCACAGCGCAGUGGCAGAGAGUGACUACACGGUGGUGCUGUUUUACGUGAAAUGGGAUGCUGUCUCCAUGGCUUUCAUGCAGUCCUACAUAGAGGUGUCAGAAUCCCUAGAAGACGCUGACGUCAGCGACGUUGAGCUGGCUGUGCUGGAUUGUGGGGAGUGGACUGACGUGUGCAGCGCUCAGAAAAUCAGCUUCUUUCCCACCGUCCGUCUGUACCGCCCACAGGAGCCUAGCCAGCCCUACCAAGGCACGCUGGGUACUGAGAGCCUGAACAGGUUCAUCAUGCUGAGUCGUCUGGUGUCCCCUGUCCUCCUGUCCUCUCCUGAUGAGGUGACAUCAUUCCUGAAGGGGGACCUGUACCAGCGACAUGCAGCUAUCGCCCCCGUCACAGUACUAGGCCUGUUCAGCUCCACAGCAGACGCAGGUGUGUCAGUGUUCAAGGAAGCAGCAAAAGCACUCAGAGGAGAGACGAUGGUCGGGUUGUUUGCUGACAGACAGGCAGAAAUAUGGGCUGUGGAGUAUUCUGUGACGCUGCCUGCCAUUCUGGUGUCACGAGGACCUACAGGCCAAACUGAGGCUCAUUCUCUCAACCUCUCCAUGCCGGACCAACUGGUCACACACAUCCAGAGAGCAUUACUGGAUACAUUUCCGGAAUUGACAGUGGAGAACCUGCCCCUGUAUCUGGAGCUAAAAAAACAACUUCUGGUGCUGUUUGUGGGAGAAGAGGAGAGGGGGAGGAAAGAGAACAAGAGAGUAUUGGAGGAUAUGAGGAGUCUGCUGAACACAGGACUGAUCAACCCCUACCUGCCCUGCUGGAUCCACCUGGGUCGUACCCCUGCAGGUAAGGCUGUCCUGGAGGCAUACUUGGGUUUCCUGCCCCUGCUUCCUGCCCUGGUGGUCUCCCAGCUGGCCACAGGAGGAGAGGUCUUCCACUACCCCACUGGCAGACCCCUAAUGGUACAGCCCAUUCUGCAGUGGCUACAGAGAGUGGAGGAUGGUGAAGAACCACCUACAGGUGUGAUCGUGGAUGAGAAAUGGAUGCCCUCCAUGCCCUUCUACGACUUCCUGUCCGUCAUGGACCAGGAAGUACCGGGCUAUGCCUCCCAGAGGAGCGCUAAGACUAAAACAAGCCGGAUUGAGAGAGCAGAGGGAGAGAAGAGCAGCAGUGGUGAAAGACAAGCCCGAGCUGGAGCACACAACCCCCAAGGGUCACCCACCACCAAGCCUCCACAGACGCCUCACCACCACUCUGAGCUAUGAGGGGGCUAGAACAGCAGCCCUGACCUCUGAAGGCUGGAGGAAACCAAUGACUGCUUAGAUCAGAAUCACCUCUAACAGAUAAGCUACACUGACGCUAUUAGAUAGUGAUAGCUUUAUGGGCUGUGAGAUCCACUGAGCCUCCUAGUAUGUGGUUUAGCUGUUUUACAGUGCAUUGGGAAUGUAUUCACACCCCUUGUCUUUUUCCACAUUUUGUUCUAUUACAGCCUUAUUCUAAAAUGGACUGAAAAGAUCCUCAUCAAUCUACACACAAUACCCCAUAAUGACAAAGCAAAAACAGGUUUUUAGACAUUAUAGCCACACACAAAAUACAUUAGCAUGAGUAUUUAGACCCUUUACUCAGUACUUUGUUAAAGCACCUUUGGCAGCGAUUACAGCCUCCAGUCUUCUUGGGUACAGUAUGACGCUACAAGCUUGGCACACCUGCACACAGAUCCUGUCAAGCUCUUUCAGGUUGGAUGGGGAUUGUCGCUGCACAGCUAUUUUCAGGUUUCCAGAGAUGUUCAAGUCUGGGCUUUGGCUGGGCCACUCAAGGACAUUCAAAGACUUGUCCUGAAGCCACUCCUGUGAUGUCUUGGCUGUGUGCCUAGGGUCAAUGUUCUGUUAGAAGGUGAAACUUUACCCCAGUCUGAGGUUCUGAUUGCUCUGGAGCAGGUUUUCAUGUGACUUUUACUGAGGAGUAGCUUUCAUCUGGCCACUCUCAUAAAAGCCUGAUUGGUGGAGUGCUGCAGAUAUGGAUAAUUGAAAUACAUUCCAGGUGACUACCUCAUGAAGCUGUUUGGGAGAAUGCCAAGUGUGCAAAGCUGUCAAGGCAAAGGGUGGCUACUUUGAAGAAUCUCAAAUAUAAAAUUACACUUUUUGGGGUUACUACAUGAUUCCAUAUGUGUUAUUUCAUAGUGUAGAAAAUAGUAAAAAUAAAGAAAAACCAUGGAAUGAGGUGUC